CUUAAAUACGCUUGCAGGGGACCAGUCUAAGAUAAUUGCCGUCACAAGGUUGCUUCCCUUCGACUAAUUUCCCCCAUUUGUUGAUAAGGGUCUUGUUUGUGUUUUCUUUGAUAACGGGGAAGGUGUUUACUUGCUAACCAAAUAAGAGGUGUUUGGAAUGGCGCGUCAGAUCAGUACAUCAGUCUCGGACUUUGUUCUAGCGUGCUCAGUCUUUUAUGUUGCUUCCUAUUUAUUCAUUGGUAACAACAGAUAUGCUGCUACAGGAUUACUUAUCCAAGGAGCAGCAGCUAGCGUUGGUGUGGCGAGGUUUGCCAUGAGACGUCCUGAAUCUACCCCAGUGUUCCGUGCUCACAAACUUUUAUCAUGGCUAGCUGCCACGGCUGGAAUGGGACUCAUUGCUUACCAGUACUGCACAAAUUAUGGAGCGCUAACGAUGAGCUAUGUCAUAAUAUCAUUUUCUGGGCUGGUUACAAUAUCUUCACAAUUUAUGGAUGCCAAGAACAAACAGUUGUUUGUUCAGGCCAGUAGCGGACUGGCAUUGUUAACAGUUUUGAUUUUGUCGCUGCUACAAAUGAAUAUUUAUGGAAUAUCAGCAGCACUGACGUACAUACUGUCUGGAGCUAUAUUCGGUAGUGAAGGAGUUAUGCUUGGCUUUCAGAGAGUCGAUUUGUUGCAUUAUGGUCUAGUGGCAGGGAAUAUUUUCUUCCUGUUUUCAUUAAGUUAAAAUCUUUACCAGGUGAAACAGUACACAUCUAUCCAUCAGACAUGAAACAUUUUGAUUAAUCUUAUUGUGUAAUAAUUGCGGCUAACUUGUUACUUGCAUUUUGUAUAGGUACUCUAAAAUGAUUACUUGUAAAACUGUUAGGGAAGGAAGAUCAGGACAAUGAAAAUACAGUUAAAUAUAAUAUGCUAACGAUCAUCUUCAAUGUAAAUCAGAAUGUAUCGAUCUUCUUUCUAAAUCACUUAAAACACACUGUUGAGAACUUAAUAUAGGGACCACUUAAAUAGUAAUCAUAACAGGAAAACAAUCUUUAUGCCUUUAGACAUAUAGUGUAUAAUGUAAGUUCAGUUGGGACCAUCACCAUACAAUCCAUCUGACAGAAAGAUCUGCAAUGUGUCAUCACAGCAGCCAUAAUAUAUAGUGUGCCAUAGGAAGAUGAAUAAAUAGAAGGAUAAUUAUUGUAGAAAUAGGAUUUUUUGCGCAGGAGUGAAAAUGUUGUUUACCAGUGAAAGAUAUUUUAACCUUAAAUGCGUGCCCAAAAGGAUGUAUUAUGUAAUAGAGUUACUUUUUAGCUCGACUAUUCGAAGAAUAGUCUAGCUAUUCUACUCACCCUGGCAUCGGCGUCGGCGUCGGCGUCACACCUUGGUUAAGUUUUUGCAUGCAAGUACAUACAGCUAUCAUUUAAAGGCAUAUAGCUUUGAAACUUAUUUAUUCUUUUUCUAGGCCAAUUACCAACCUCUCUUGGUCAAGUCCCGUAACUCUGACAUGUAUUUUGAGCAAAUUAUGCCCCCUUUUGGACUUAGAAAAUUUUGGUUAAAGUUUUACAUGCAAGUUACUAUCUCCAAAACUAAUGCAGAUAUUGAAUUGAAACUUCACAUGUGUCUUUGGGGUUAUAAAACUAGUUGAUAGCACCAAGUCCCAUAACUCUGACCUUCAUUUUGGCAAAAUUAUGCCCCCUUUUGGACUUAGAAAAUUCUGGUUAAAGUUUUGCGUGCAAGUACAUACAGCUAUUACUAAAAGGCAUAUAGAUUUGAAACUUAUUUUUUCUUUUUCUAGAUCAAUUACCUACCUCACUGGUUCAAGCCCCAUAACUCUGACAUGUAUUUUGGCCAAAUUAUGCCCCCUUUUGGACUUAGAAAAUUCUGGUUAAAGUUUUGCGUGCAAGUACAUACAGCUAUUACUAAAAGGCAUAUAGAUUUUAAACUUAUUUUUUCUUUUUCUAGGUCAAUUACCUACCUCACUGGGUCAAGUCCCAUAACUCUGACACGUAUUUUCGGCAAAUUAGACCCCCUUUUGGACUUAGAAAAUUCUGGUUAAAGUUUUAUAUGCAAGUAACUAUCUCCAAAACUACUACAGAUAUUAAAUUGAAACUUCACAUGUGUCUUCGGGGUUAUAAAACUAGUUGAUAGCACCAAGUCCCAUAACUCUGACAUGUAUUAUGGGCAAAUUAUGCCCCCUUUUGGACUUAGAAAAUCCUGGUUAAAGUUUUGCGUGCAAGUACAUACAGCUAUGACCAAAAGGCAUAUAGCUUUGAAACUUAUUUAUUCUUUUUCAAGGUCAAUUACCAACCUUACUGGGUCAAGUUCCAUAACUCUUAACAUGUAUUUUGGGCAAAUUAUGCCCCCUUUUGGACUUAGAAAAUUCUGGUUAAAGUUUAACAUGCAAGUUACUAUCCCCAAAACUAAUGCAGAUAUUGAAUUGAAACUUAACAUGUUUCUUCGGGGUUAUAAAACUAGUUGAUAACAUCAAGUCCCAUAACUCUGAUAUGUAUUUUGGUCAAAUUAUGUCCCCUUUCGAACUUAAAACUCUUUUGAUAUUUAACAUUUUGGGUAAUAAUUUCCUGCUUCUGUGACAAUAUUUCGAAUAGUCGAGCUUGGCUGUCUUACGGACAGCUCUUGUUAGCUUGACUAUUCAAAGAAUAAGAGAGCUAUUGGACUCAGGUCUGCGUCUGUGUCCGUGUCGGUGACCGGAUUUGGUUAAGUUUUUGUAUGUAAGCUGGUAUCUCAGUAACCACUUGUGGAAAUGGAUUGAAACUUCACACACUUAUUCACUGUGAUAAACUGACUUACGUUGCCCAGGUACCAUAACUUUUUUGCUUUUUUACAAAAUUAUGCCCCUUUUUCAACAUAGAAAUUUUUGGUUAAGGUUUUGUAUGUAAGCUGGUAUCUCAGUACCCACUAAUGGGAAUGUAUUGAAACUUCACACACUUGUUCACUGCCAUCAUCUGACAUGCACUAAGCAGGUCCCAUAACUCUACUUUGCAUUUUUAGCUCACCUGUCACAUAGUGACAAGGUGAGCUUUUGUGAUCACCCUCCGUCCGUCGUCUGUGCAUGCAUGCGUGCAUGCAUCCGUCAACUAUUUCUUGUCUGCACGAUAGUGGUUUCAUUAUUGAUUUUAUUUUAACCAAACUUGCACACAACUUGUAUCACCAUAAGAUGUCGGUUCCUUUCUUGAACUGGCCAGAUCCCAUUAUGGGUUCCGGAGUUAUGGCCCCUGAAAGGGCCAAAAAUAGCUAUUUUGACCUUGUCUGCACAAUAGCAGCUUCAUUUAUGAUUUGAUUUUAACCAAACUUGCACACAACUUGUGUCACCAUAAGAUCUUGAUUCCUUUCUUGAACUAGCCAGAUCCCAUUAUGGAUUUCAGAGUUAUGGCCCCUGAAAGGGCCAGAAUUAGCUAUUUUGACCUUGUCUGCACAAUAGCAGCUUCAUUUAUGAUUUUAUUUUAACCAAACUUGCACACAACUUGUAUCACCAUAAGAUCUUGGUUCCUUUCUUGAACUGGCGAGAUUCCAUUAUGGGUUCCAGAGUUACGGGCCCUGAAAGGGCCAGAAUUAGCUGUUUUGACCUUGUCUGCACAAUAGCAGCUUCAUUUAUGAUUUGAAUUUAAUCAAACUUGUACAAAACCUGUGUCACCAUAAGAUCUCAGUUCCUUUCUUGAACCGGCCAGAUCCCAUAAUGGGGUCCAGAGUUAUGGCACCUGCAUGGGCCAAAAUUAGCUAUUUUGACUUUGUCUGUACAGUAGCAGCUUCAUUUAUGAUUUGAUUUUAACCAAACUUGCACACAACUUGUAUCACCACAAGAUCUUGCUUCCUUUGUUGAACUGGCCAGAUUCCAUCUUGGGUUCAAGAGUUAUGGCCCCUUAAGGUCCAAAAGCGGCUAUUUUGGCUUUUGCAGCCAUAUAGAGACUUCAUUUAUGGUUUUAUUUGAUACAAACUUCCAAGAUAUCUUCAACAACAAUAAAUCUUGGAUUCCAUGACAAAUCAGAUCCAGUCGUAGGUUCCAGAGUUAUUUUAUAUCUUAUUACCUCCCCUGAUUGUAAUCAAAAUGGAUUUAUAUCAGUAAGUACUAAUUUGAAAUUUCAUUAUUGUUAUUAGUUGUACUGAGACAAUCAGGAUAGAUAACUAUGGACUGAUUUUAUGUCAAAUUACCCCCCUUUAUUUCAAAUUAAAAUGGGUAUAUCUCCGUAACUAAUGAAGAUACUGAUCUGAAAUUUCAUUUAUGCCAACAUAUUUAUUUGGCAGAUCCUUCUUUUGUUCACUUAGAUUUUUUUUUUUUUAAUUACUUUCCUUUUACAUUACUAUAAAUAGCUUAUUUUUAGUAACUUUUUUAUUAUUGGCCAUAGGGAAAAACCGAGACCACUUUUCUGUGAUACAACAUGGAUGGUACCUCCAAUUUUUAGGUGUUUUUUGACAUAUCUAUACCUUGUAAGAAUUUUUUUUCUUUUUUUUGGUUAAAUUUCUUCCCUUUGUUGUUCCUGUCCUUUGGAUUUAGACAUUUUUUCUGAGGACCUUUUUGUCCUCAAGUGCAAUGAUAACAGGUGAGCGAUAUAGGGCCAUCAUGGCCCUCUUGUUUAAAAAUCAUGCCCCCUUUUCGACUUAACAGUUUUUGGUUAAGUUUUUGUAUGUAAGCUGGUAUCUCGGUACCCACAAUGGGAAUGGAUUGAAACUUCACACAUUUGUUCACUAUCAUGAUCUGACAUGUACUGUGCAGGUCCCAUAAGUCUACUUUGCUUUUUUUCAAAAUUAUGCCCCUUUUUCGACUUAGCAGUUUUUGGUUAAGGUUUUGUAUGUAAGCUGGUAUCUCAGUAUCCACUAAUGGGAAUGGGUUGAAACUUCACACACUUGGUCACUGUCAUGAUCUGACAUGCACUGUGCAGGUCCCAUAACUCUACUUUGCAUUUUUUUCAAAAUUAUGCCCCCUUUUCAAUUUGGCAGUUUUUGGUUAAAUUUUUGUAUGUAAGCUGGUUUCUCAGUACCCACUAAGGGGAAUGGAUUCAAACUUCACACACUUGUCCACUGUCAUGAGCUGAUAAACACUGUUCAUAUUCCAAAACCCUGUUUCCCAUUUUUACAAAAUUAUGCCCCUUUUUCGACUAUUGUAUUAAUUCAAUUGACAAGGCUGUUGAAUAGUCGAGCAUUGCUGUCCUCCGACAGCUCUUGUUACAAAAUUAUGUCCCUUUUUAGCUAGACUAUUCAUAGAAUAGGUAGAGCUAUUGGACUCACCCAUGUGUUGGCGUCCACGUCCGAGUCGGUGUCCCGAUUUGGUUAAGUUUUUGUAUGUAAGCUGGUAUUUCAGUAACCACUUGUGGGAAUGGAUUGAAACUUCACACACUUAUUCACUGUGAUAAACUGACUUACAGUGCACAGGUCCAUAACUUUUUUGCUUUUUUACAAAAUUAUGGCCCUUUUUCGACUUAGGAAUAUUUGUUUAAGGAUUUGUAUGUAAGCUGGUAUCUCAGUACCCACUAAUGGGAAUGGAUUGAAACUUCACACAAUUGUCCAUUGUCAUGAGCUGAUAUGGAUUGUACAGGUUCCUUAACCCUGUGUUGCAAAUUUACAAAAUUAUGCCCCUAUUUGGACCUUAAUAUUCAUUUGCUUGACAGGGCUGUUGAAUAGUCGAGCAUUGCUGUCCUCAGACAGCUUUUGUUGUAGAGCCUGCUUGCGGAAGCGAAGACACCGUUGUCCAAAUGGCUGUUCAGUGUGUGUGCUUGCAUUCGUCUGGACUUGUUUGUCCGGACCAUAAGUUCGACAUGCAUAGAGCAAUCUUGCUUAUAUUUGGCAUGAAUGUUAACCUCAGUGAGACGGAGUGUCUUGUGCUAACCCCAGGUUCCUGUCUCCAAGGUCAAGGUCACAGUUGGAGUUCAAAGGUCAGGUCAGAUCUUGUCUGGCCCAUAACAUUGACAUGCAUUGAGGAAUCUUGUUUAUAUUUGGCAUGAAUGUUUAACUCAAUGAGACAGAGUGUCCUGUGCAAGCAUUGGGUUCCUAUCUCAAAGGUCAAGGUCACAGUUAGUGGUUAAAGGCCAUAACUUUCAGAAGUAUGGAGCAAUCUCUUUUUUUCCUUGGCGUUAAUGUUCACCUCUAUGAGACAGUGUCGUGUGCAAACCUCGGGUCCCUUUCUCAAAGGUCAAGGUCACACUUGGGGGGUCAAAGGUCAUUUAAGACAGCUGGUGGGCUCGACAUGUUGCCUGUGGGUAUCUAGUUUGUUUGUUAGCAGUUUAGUUUCCACUAAAUAUUUUGAGAACCCCCUUGACCUACACUCUACAAACCUGUCAGGUGCAUUGCUCAAAGACAUUUGGUGACCCUAGAGAUUUUAUGAUGAUUGGGUCAAAGGUCAGUCUCAGUAACUUUUGAGUCCACUCAGUAUCCUUGAUCUUUUUCCUCAGUUUGGAAGGUACAUGGAUGACCCAUACUGAUUUUGAUGUCAGUGUGUCAAUGGUCGUGGUCACAGUGACUGUUCGUACAAAAACCAUUUCCACUGCAUAUCUUAAAAUACUUUUACCUACAAUCCUCAGACUUUGUAGGUACAUUGCUCAUGGGCAGUGGAUAAACCGUAUUGAUUUCAGUAUAGAUAGUUUAAAGGUCAAUGUCACAGUGACAGUAAACAAAUGUUUCUGCUCACUAUCUUGAAAAUGCUUGACCUGUGAUCCCCAGUUGGACAUUGUCCCUAUCAAGUUCCAGGUCAGUAAGUAAGAGAUCAUGGUAACUGACCAUUUAUACAAAAAGCCCAAAAAGCCCAUUCACCAUGUAUUCUUAACUAUGAGGAUUUUAGUCAAAGGUCAAAAACUGUGAUACAAAGUGGUCAGAUAGACAAUUAUUUACUUUAUACUACUUAAUCUCUCAAGGGUGUUAUUUAAUAUCAUAAGCAUUUUAUCACCUUCAGUGGUUUUAACCAAAUUUUACUGAUGUGAGUACCAGAUGUAUUUCACUAUUAAAUUUUAACAAUCAUGUAAAAGUUUUGGUUUCAAUCCUUUCACGAUUCAGCAGAUACUACCUCCACUAUUCCUAGUCCUACUUAAACAUCACUUUAACCUGGUGUUGAAAUUAUUAUCAUGUUGAGUGCUUAGUUAACACUUGUACAAAAAGAUUGCCCGACACUGAUAUAUCAUAGGUAUUGUUACACUAAAUUGGAAUAAAAAACUUUGGCGUCUGUGAUGAGCUGCUAACACCAACCUAUCAACACUGAUCUUCCCUGAAAAAACUCGUUAAUGACUAGCCAAAGAGUGCCUUUCAUACAUAGAGCUCUGAAUUCGGCUACCCCUAUCGGGCCUCAGUUAUAACAGCAGCAUGUCAAUACAUGCAGUCAGCUGUUUAGACGGAGUAGAGGCUAUGACUACUUUCAGACCAUUAUUUUGUUCACUUUACCAGUUGUUUUUAUUAACACAUUAUACAACAGAAUGAAUAACAUAACACCAGGAUUGUUGUUAGA